CAGAAAUACCAUUUGUUAGUUUCAAUAUAAACUGGCUGCUUUUCAGAGAAAUCACAGCGUAUUCGUUGUGCUGGAUUGAGCAGCUUUUUAAAGAAAAUAUAACAUCUGAAAUCUUACGGAAAGAUGUGGAUACAAGAUGAGGAGAGCACAGUUGCAGACUCUGAUGAGGACAGCUGCUUAUCUUCUGAAGAUUGGGAAGAUAUUCAGUGCGAGAUCCUGGAGAAGCAGCGAGACGAAGCCAAUCAGAGGCUGAUGGAGCUGGAGGAAGCUUCCAAUCAGCUGCUGAAGGAGAUGAAUAUGUUGGAGAUCCAGUUCCAGGUGGAACGCUCCUGCAGGGAGAGCGCGGAGGCUCUGGCUCUCAAAGUCAGCAAAGAAAACACAGCCCUGAAAAGAAAGAGCCAGAUGCUGCUGCCACUGAUCUCCAGCCUCCCAGAAGACCUGGCGACUGUGACCCUUGACCCAGAGGCUGACCUGGCGGUUGAUGUCGAUGCGGUUGAUUGCGAUGUGGUUGAUGGCCUUGUGGUUAAUUUUAGGGAAAGUAACAGUGAAGAGAACUUGCUGCUUGAAAGUCAAGCCAAGAUCACAGCGAUGCAGGCGUCAUUGGACGGGCUGCUGGCUGAGAAGCUACAGCUGGAGCAUCAGGUGGAGGAACUGACCAGAGAGCAGGACCAGCUCAGAGAGCAGCUUGUUGCAGAGGCGGAGGAGAAGGAAGCCAUUCUGAGGAAAAUGAGCAAGCAGACCAAGACCAUGACCAAAAUCAAAAGAGUCUCCCAGCUUGUCACCGAGGAGUUCACAGAAAUGUCUCAGCAGCUGGAGCUGGAGCAGGGCCUGCGGCAACACGCCGAAGUCUUCGCCCAUCAGAUGUUGGCGGAGCAGAAGGCGGCUGAGAGACCGAGCACGAUGGAGGCGUGCGCCUCCGAGGCCGACGUGCGGCUUCGGCUGCAGCGGGCGCUGACGCAAAUAUGUGGCAUCAACACGGCCCUGUGCAACAUUCAGCGCUACUACCAGGACCAGAUCAAACCGAGUACAGGUGCUGAGGAGGAGCUGCGGGACCUGAGAGAACAGCUGAGGAAGAGUGAAGAGGAGAGGAAGAUGUUGGAGGGUCAAUUGUCUCAGGUCAACGCACCAGUCACAGAGCUGAGGGAACAGCUGAGGAAGAGUGAAGAGGGGAGGAAGACGUUGGAGGGUCAAUUGUCUCAGGUCAACGCACCAGUCACAGAGCUGAGGGAACAGCUGAGGAAGAGUGAAGACGGGAGGAAGAUGUUGGAGGGUCAACUGUCUCAGGUCAACGCACCAGUCACAGAGCUGAGGGAACAGCUGAGGAAGAGUGAAGAGGAGAGGAAGAUCUUGGAGGGUCAACUGUCUCAGGUCAACGCACCAGUCACAGAGCUGAGGGAACAGCUGAGGAAGAGUGAAGAGGGGAGGAAGACGUUGGAGGGUCAACUGUCUCAGGUCAACGCACCAGUCACAGAGCUGAGGGAACAGCUGAGGAAGACUGAAGAGGAGAGGAAGAUGUUGGAGGGUCAACUGUCUCAGGUCGAAGCCUCAGUGACAGAGCUGAGGGAGGAAGUGAAACAUUUACAGGAAAGGAUGAACACAGAGGAGAAAAAUGAAGAUCUGGAGGAAGUAACUGCUCCUCCUCUUCCUCCUCCUCCUCCUCCACCUCCACCUCCUCUUCCUUCACCCACUCCUGUUAUCAACUUGCAGGAUUUCCUCAGGAGCAGGAAGCAUCGAGUCAACGGAGGCGAUAACAACAAGCCAGCGCCAUUGAAGGACAUUAAGGCAAAGGCAGUGGAUGAAAUGAUGGAGAGAAUAAAGAGAGGCAUUGUACUGAGGCCCAUACAAAACAUCCAGGAAGAAGACAGCUCAUGGAGGGACCAGAGGAGUGACAACAGGAAGUCAGCCGUCCUGGAAUUAAAGGGAAUGCUGGACAACAUUAAACGGCAGCACCUCCGCAGGGUGCCCUCCAGGAGGGGGAUCGGCAGGAACGUCGGGGAGGCAGAGCUGCAGCUGGUCCUCCAGAGGAGAAGAAGAGCGAUGGGAGAAAAUCAGGACCGACAGUCCUCAGCUCCAACCUGUGAUCUCCAACCGGGGCAGCAGCGUGUCCCAGCAGCAGGUGACUGUCCCUGGGCCGGUGAGAGCGGCAGUGCACCUGUGCUCCGGAGGCUGAAGCAAAACAGGGAGAAGAGAGAUUCCCGCAUCAGAGCGUCAGCGCUCAUCCUCAGCCACGGAGGCGUACAGCAGCCUCUCCAGCAAAAUGUGUCAUGAUAAGGCCUUACGUAAAGACGCACUCCAGUAGCUAUAGCGAUUACUGCCUGAUUUUUGGUUAAUGUUCAAAUAAAACACAUAUUAAAUGAA